ACUUGGGGGCAUUUUCUUGCUGUUCUGUCAGGGUGCCGCUGCCCUCUCCAGCUUAGCCAAGGCUGCAAGAGAGACUGGCUUCCCAGGAGGAGCAGCAUGUCUGGCAACGUGUGUGAAGCCCUGCUGUGAGAUCAUGACCGCCUCCUGCCUUUUCCAGCAAGCUGUUUAGGGCCCUGGGCUGCUGCUCGGAUAACUCCCAUCACUGAUUCAUUUGGCAACGUGUGGCCUCUCCCAAAUCUGCCUGUGCUAAGGCUGAGAGCGGGAGGCAAUAUCUUUUAAUAACCAUGUGAUGCAGCUGGAAAAAACUUCUGGACACGCAGUUCUCUGGCGGCCUGGGUUAAUGGACACGCUUCAAGGGAGAGAUUCGGCCAGCUCCCCGGGCGCUGAGGGAGGCGGUGCUGCUGCGUUAGGGUGAGCAGGGCAGCUGCUGGUGGCCUGCAGCAGAUGCAGGCUGUGCCCUGGAGGUCAGGCUCUUGCCACGUCCCUGCAGGGAGUUUGCUUUCUCCUGGCAGGGCUGGGGAGGAUCGCGUCGGGCAGUGCUGCCUUGUGUGGCAGACACGUGCCCGGCUCUCCCCGCUCAGUGCCACCCCUGCUGAAGGUGCCUUUGGUAUCCAGCCCUCAGCUGUUGCAACGCCGCAGCCGUGCUCCUGGCAGCUUCUGCUUCCUAGUCCAGGUUUCAGGUGACAGCAAGCUGCAAAACCCUCAAGUACAGCCACGAUGUGCUGUCUGCCCCUCAAGUUGAGAACCCCCAGUUAGAGGGUGGUCCUCAGCCACCGCCAGGCCCUGCCAGCUUCUCCAGCCAUUCCCAGGUACUCCUGCAACAUUGGCAGCCUCCAAAGGCUCUAGGAUGCUGGGGCCAGCCGGGCUGGGCCUGCCCACCUGAUCCUCAGCGCCCCGCUCCCGCCGGCCCACCAUGUUGCGCUCCUGGCGUGUGAAGCUGAAGCUGCUGCUCGCCACAGUGAUCCUGGCCGUCCUCCUCUCCUGGCUCUACCUCUUCGUGGGCAGCCUCGAAUAUGGCCGCUUUCUCCUGCUGUCACCAUGCCUGGGCGAGCAGCCGAGCCGCGACAUGGAGCGGGAGGCGCUGGCCUUGCAGGUGCGCCGGGUGGAGGAGGAGAACCAGGAGCUCCGCCGGCAGCUCGGACAGGCGCAGGCGGAUGGCAGCGACGGCAGCCCACCGUGGGGGGCCUCUGCCGAGGAUGGGUCCCCCCCCGGGGGUGAGAGGAGCAACCGCACGGCCUGUCCCAAGCAGCGGAUGGUGCACAAGUGUGAGCUCCUGCACGUUGCAAUUGUGUGUGCCGGACACAACGCCAGCCGGGAUGUGGUCACCUUGGUGAAAUCCAUCCUCUUCCACAGGAAAAACCCCCUCCACUUCCACUUCAUCACGGACUCGGUGGCCCACCAGAUCCUCCAGACGCUCUUCCAGUCCUGGAUGGUGCCCUCUGUCCACGUCAGCUUCUACAACGCCGAUGACUUGAAGCCAGAGGUGUCGUGGAUCCCCAACAAGCACUACUCCGGCAUCUAUGGGUUGAUGAAGCUGACACUUACCAAGGCACUGCCCUCCAACCUCUCCAAAGUCAUCGUCUUGGACACCGACAUCACCUUCGCCACCGACAUCGCUGAGCUCUGGGCUGUGUUUGGGAAGUUCUCUGACAAGCAGGUGAUCGGGCUGGUGGAGAACCAAAGCGACUGGUAUUUGGGCAACCUCUGGAAAAACCACAAACCAUGGCCAGCCCUGGGACGUGGCUUCAACACGGGGGUGAUCCUGCUCUUGCUGGACCGCCUGCGUCGCCUGGGCUGGGAGCAGAUGUGGCGGCUGACGGCAGAGCGGGAGCUCAUGAGCAUGCUCUCCACCUCGCUGGCUGAUCAGGACAUUUUUAAUGCGGUGAUCAAGCAGAACCCAGCCCUGGUGUACCGGCUCCCAUGCUUCUGGAACGUGCAGCUGUCUGAUCACACCCGCUCAGAGCAGUGCUACACCGAGGUCUCGGAUCUCAAGGUAAUCCACUGGAACUCGCCCAAGAAGCUGCGGGUGAAGAACAAGCAUGUGGAGUUCUUUCGCAACCUCUACCUGACCUUCCUGGAGUAUGAUGGGAACCUGCUGCGCAGGGAGCUCUUCGGCUGUGCCAGCCUCCCCAGCCCGCCCAGCAACCAGCUGCAGCAGGCACUGGAGGAGUUGGACGAGGACGAUCCCUGCUACGAUUUCCGCCGGCAGCACCUCACGCAGCACCGCAUCCACCUGUUCUUCCUGCAGUAUGAGUUCCUGGCCCUCCCCAACCCCACCGAUGUCACCCUUGUGGCCCAGCUCUCCAUGGACAGGCUGCAGAUGUUGGAGGCCAUCUGCAAACACUGGGCAGGCCCCAUCAGCCUGGCGCUGUACAUGUCGGACGCGGAGGCCCAGCAGUUCCUGCGCUACGCCCAGGCCUCGGAGGUGCUGAGCGCCCGCCGCAAUGUCGCCUACCACAUCGUCUACAAGGAGGGGCAGUUCUACCCCAUCAACCUCCUGCGCAACGUGGCCUUGGCCAACACGCAGACGCCAUACGUCUUCCUGACUGACAUUGACUUCCUGCCGAUGUAUGGCCUCUACGAUUACCUCAGGAACUCCAUCCAGCAGCUGGAGCUGCCCCACAGGAAGGCAGCUCUCAUCGUGCCAGCGUUUGAGACCCUGCACUACCGCCUGACCUUCCCCAAAUCCAAAGCAGAACUGCUCUCCAUGCUGGACAUGGGCUCCCUCUACACCUUCAGGUACCAUGUGUGGCCAAAAGGCCAUGCCCCGACGGACUACGCCAAGUGGCGGACAGCCACCGUGCCGUACCGCGUGGCGUGGCAGCCAGACUUCGAGCCUUACGUUGUAGUGAGGCGAGACUGCCCCAAGUACGACCAGCGCUUCGUGGGCUUCGGCUGGAACAAGGUGUCCCACAUCAUGGAGCUGGAUGCGCAGGAGUAUGAGCUGCUGGUCCUGCCCAACGCCUUCAUGAUCCACAUGCCCCACGCCCCCAGCUUCGACAUCUCCAAGUUCCGCCUGAGCGCGGGGUACCGGGGCUGCCUGCAGACGCUGCGGGAGGAGUUCCACCAGGACCUGUCGCGGCGAUACGGGGCGGCCGCGCUCAAAUACCUCACCGCCGAGAGGAGCCUGUGACGCCUGGGGACAGCGGGUGCGGGGCGCUAGCAGCCACCAGGAGAAGGGAGGGCGCAGGGCCUCCCUCCUGCCCCAGCCCACCUCAUAGCCCUGCCCAGGGAUCCGAGCCAGCAGCAACAGGAUGCCUGUGGAUAAGGGAGGAUGCCAUCAGUGAGAACAGGCGGUGUCUGUGGGUCAAGCCACUGCAGCAUGGCCAAGGGUUUGUCCAGAGCAGCAGCCUUCCUGUGUUAUGGGGAGCCGCCACCAUGCCAGGGAUCGCAGGGACUGGUCCCCCCAUCCCUUGUUUUAGCAGCUGUGGAGUGACAGCCUUCAUGGGUCACCUCAGGCUGGGGCCUGGCUCCUCAAGAGGCCUGGGAGCUGUGCCUUUGCCUGCUCUGCCUCUGCUCUGCAGUCACAGUUCCCAACCCUCCACACUCCCCCUGGAGCUUUGGUGAAGGCAGCCUCCUGAUGCCUUGGGAGGUGGGGGCCAGAGAUUAGCAGGAGCUUUAAGUGAAAACAGGCUGUGGUACAAAUCCUGCAGUCAUCAGGAUGGGUGGAAUAGCAUCGCAGUGGGCCAGCACUCGUGUGGAGGAAUUCCUGGCAGGGACCACCCCGUGCCUCCCCACUCUCAGCAGCUCAGAGGCUGCCAUCGACAAUCAGGGAUGUGGCUGACACUGGAGGAGACCGGAGCUGACCGCUGUGGCUGGAUCCCCACACUGGGAGCAGCUUGGCUAGGCACUGCUCCACAGCUAUCACACACUGGAGCACAGAGGAUGCAUUGCUUUCCUCACGCUAUUUAAAUUAUUUAAUACUUUUCUCCGAAGAAUUAAAUGAUUAGGGUGUCGUGGGUGUUUUUUAAUCCUUUCUUCCUUCUGGAUGAUUUUGCUGGUGGCACUGAAGGAUCUCCAGGCCAGCUGCUGCUGCAGCCUCUGCUGUUCUCUUCUAAGCAUUAGUCUGGGCUGCAGGAGCCAGAUCUGUGCAGGUGUGAAGACUUCCGUCCAUGGUGGGAACAGCCAGGAGGAGCCAUACAAAUCGCAUUGUCUGGAAAGGGCACAAGCGCCUCUUGCUUAUUCUCUCUUUUUAAUUUAAUUUUUAAAUUAAAGCUUUUUUAUUCUUUUUCA